AUGCGCCAAGACGGGAGGGUGGGCAGGUACAUUCUGCUGCUGCUGCUGCUACUGCAGCAGACGGAGCUCUGCGUCCUGCAGCAGCAGCAGCAGCAGCAGGUUCCGCCCGCUGCAUCUUCACCUCGUGGGACGCCCGAGGCCACGCCCUUACCCUCUCAUCAUUGGCUGUCGCUCACGCCAGUCACAUUCCCAUUGGUGGAAGAACGGUCGUCCAUGCAAAUCAGGACGGGCCCGCCGCCGCGCCGAUUGGCUGGCGCUCGCCGAGCGGAGCCCCUCGACUUGGGUUCUGAUUGGUACCGAGGCCUUGACGAAAAAAGUGACGCCGCGCGGGUUCUCGGCCGGAGUGCGGCUCAGUCCCCGGCGCCUCGCGGAGUACCGGAGGUGGUAUCGUCAGAGAUUGAAUGUCAUCUGCGCGUGUCCCUCUUUGAUGUCACCUACCGACACUUCUUUGGGAGGACGUGGAAGAGCACAGUGACGCCGGCCAAGCAGCUCUCCAGGCAACCGCCCAGGGUUGUCUUCAAUGAGCCCUUCUACUUCCAUACGUCUUUAAACCACCCGAACAUCGUUGCUGUGGUAGAAGUGGUCACUGAAGGCAGGAGGAGAGAUGGCACCGUCCAGAUGUUGUCAUGUGGGUUUGGAAUUCUUCGGAUCUUCAACAACAAGCCUGAAUCGCCUACCUCUGCUUCCCAGGACAAACGGUUGAGGCUGUAUCAUGGCACCCCCAGAGCCCUCCUGCACCCACUUCUCCAGGAUCCUGUAGAGCAGAGCAAGCACCUGACGGUGGUGGAGGCCUGCAGCCUGCUGUACACCCUGAGGCCUCAUCCGGCCCUGGAACCUGCCUUCCACCUGCUCCCUGAGAACCUCCUGGUGUCUGGUCUGCAACAGAUUCCUGGCCUUCUGCCGCCGCAUGGGGACAUGGGUGACGCCCUGAGGAAGCCUCGCCUACAGAAGCCCAUCACGUUGCACUUGGAUGCUGUCUCCUUCACUCUGGCCCCCUCCCUGGAGAAGUUUGAGGGGGAGCUGCUGGAGCUGCUCACCAGCGACCACUUCCGGGAGGGCAGUCUGUUGGAUGCUGGCUCCUUGGAGGUCCUGGAGCGUCGACUGCAUAUAGGUGUGCACAAUGGCCUGGGCUUUCUGCAUAGGCCGCAAGUGGUCGUGCUGGUUCCUGAGAUGGAUGUGGUCUUGACACGCUCUGCCAGCUUCAACAAGAAAGUGGGCUCCUUUUCUAAGAGCAGCUCUGGAAGCCAGUCUCUCGUUUUGAGAAGCCACCUGCGACUCCCCGAGAUGGUCAGUCACCCAGCAUUUGCAGUUGUCUUCCAGCUGGAGUACGUGUUCAACAGCCCUUCUGGAGCGGAUGGCAAUGGAGCGUCGGCCACCUCCUUGUCCAGCUUGGCGUGCAUGCACAUGGUUCGCUGGGCCGUUUGGAACCCUGUGCUGGAAGGUGGCUCAGGCAGGGUGACCUUGCCCCUGCAGGGUGGGAUCCGGCCCAACCCCUCGCACUGCCUGGUCUUUCGGGUGCCUGCAGCCAGCAUGGGCUCUGAAGAGGUGGAGCAGGUGGACCUAGGAGCCGUCCACUUUCAGUUCUCGCUGAGCACGGAGGAGCGCCUGGACACCCCCACUGAGCAUGCCAACGGCCCCAAGGCGCAGGGGCGGCUCUCCAGGAAGCCACCCAUGUCCCCUUCACGCCCGCCUGCACCAGCACCCCAGGUUCUCGCUGCCACCCAGGACUCGCCUGUGGGACCAGGGUUGUCCCUUUCCCAGCUGGCAGCCUCCCCGCAGUCUCCAGCUCCACUUCUCAUAGCCAAGGCCCCUCCUCAGCUUCCAGAUGGUUCCCAGGUGGCAUUCCCGUUGGAAGGCGGGAUCUCUCACCUGGAGGCUGACCUGAGCCAGACUUCCUUGGUCCUGGAAACCCCCAUUGCUGACACCCUGCAGGAGCUGCCCUUUACCCCUUUGCAUGCCCCCAUUGUGGUGGGGGCUCAGAUCAGGAGCUCUGGAAGCCAGCUCUCGAGAGCCUCCAUGGCUCUCCUGCAGUCCUCUGGCUUUCCUGAGAUCCUCGAUGCCAGCAAGCAGCCUGUUGAAGCCGUCAAUCCCGCAGAGCCUGUGAGGUUUCACCCUCAGAAGGAAGAAUCGGAUCGUCUGCACAGCAACGAGAUAGUGCUACAGUUUCUUGCCUUCAGCAGAGUGGCCCAGGACUACCGCGGAGCACCAUGGCCAAAGACUGUGUAUUUCACCUUCCAGUUCUACCGCUUCCCGCCCGAGACAACGCCGCGUCUGCAGCUGGUCCAGCUGGAGGGGGCUGGGAAGACCAACUCUGGCUCCCUGUCCCAUAUCCUUGUUCCCAUUCACAAAGACGGCUCCUUUGACGCUGGGUCUCCUGGCUUCCAGCUGAGGUACAUGGUGGGUCCUGGGUUCCUGAAACCAGGCGAGCAGCACUGGUUCAUCCAGUACUUGGCCGGCCAGACCCUCCAGAUUGACAUCUGGGAUGGAGACUCCCUGCUCCUCAUCGGGUCUGCUGCUGUCCAGCUGAAGCACCUCCUCCGUCAAGGGCGGCCAGCCGUGCAGGUCUCGCACGAACUUGAGGUUGUGGCGACUGAGUAUGAACAGGAGAUGAUGGUGGUGAGUGGCGACGUGGCCGGGUUCGGCACUGUCAAGCCCAUUGGUGUCCACACGGUGGUGAAGGGCCGGCUGCACUUGACCUUGGCCAAUGUGGGUCACGUGGAUGAACCAAGAGUGAGUGGUCCCAGCGUGCUCCCACCAACCAGGUCUCGGCUCAUCACGAAUGUGGGGACCAGCCACUUCUCUGGGGGCAGCCUCCUCACGCCUGCAGGCCCAAGACGAAAAAAAGUGGUCCAAGCGCAGAAGCUGGCUGACGUGGACAGCGAGCUGGCCGCCAUGCUGCUGACCCACGUGCGGGCUGGCCAGAGGUCCCCAGGCGCAGGCUGUGAGGCCGACGCCGUGCGCAGGCGCAAGCUGGAGAGGAUGAGGUCUGUGCGCCUGCAGGAGUCCAGAGGGGAGCCCGUGGGCCGCAAGGCAAGCUUGCUGGCCCAGCAGAAGGUGCGAGCACAGCACUCGAGGGACCUGCAGGUCAUUGACGCCUACCGGGAGCGCACCAAGGCCGAGAGCAUCACCAGCGUGCUGAGCCUGGCCAUCACCACACGGCACACGCUCUAUGCCACCCUGGGCACUGCUGAGUUCUUCGAGUUCGCCCUUAAGAACCCUCAUAACACGCAGCACACGGUGACCAUCGAGAUCGACAACCCUGAACUCAGCAUCAUCGUGGACAGUCAGGAGUGGAGGUACUUCAAAGAUGCCAGUGGCCUGCACACACCGCUGGAGGAGGACAUGUUCCGGCUGCGCGCCGGCCUGGCUCCCCAACUCUACCUGCGCCCCCGGGAGACCGCCCACAUCCCCUUCAAGUACCAGAGCUGCUUUGCAGGCCCGCCAGCCCCGGCACAGGCUGAACUGACCGCUAAGAAGGGCACAGACACUGGGUCACCAGGGAAGUGGAGAGCCAUGCCCACUAAACACGCCAAGGUGGUGUUCCGUGCGAGCGGCGGCAAGCCCAUCGCUGUGCUCUGUCUGACUGUGGAGCCCCAGCCCCAUGUCGUGGACCAGGUCUUCCGCUUCUACCACCCGGAGCUGACCUUCCUGAAGAAGGCCAUCCGCCUGCCGCCGCGGCACACGCUGCUAGGUGCUCCCGUGGGGAUGUUUGGUGAGGAACCCCCGGUGCAUGUUCGCUGCAGCGACCCCAAUGUCAUCUGUGAGGCCCAGAACCUGGGCCCCAGAGAGCCACAGGACGUAUUUCUGAAGGUGGCCAGUGGACCGAGCCCAGAGAUCAAAGACUUCUUUGUCCUCAUUUAUGCGGAUCCCUGGCUGGCUGUGCCGGUGCAGACCUGGCAGGUCUGCCUUCACUCUCUGCAGCGAGUGGACGUCGCCUGUGUCACGGGCCAGCUCACACGCCUGUCCCUUGUCCUUCGUGGGAUGCAGACAGUUAGGAAAGUGAGAGCCUUCACUUCGCACCCCCAGGAACUUAAGACAGACCCUGCUGGAGUCUUUGUGCUGCCGCCUUAUGGGGUGCAGGACCUGCACGUUGGUGUCAGGCCGCAGAGAGCUGGCAGUCGCUUCAUGCACCUCAACCUGGUCGACGUGGAUUACCACCAGCUGGUAGCCUCCUGGCUGGUGUGCCUCUCCUGCCGCCAGCCGCUCAUCUCCAAGGCCUUUGAGAUCAUGAUGGCAGCGGGCAAAGGGAAGGGUGCCAAUAAGCGCAUCACCUACACCAAUCCCUACUCCUCUGGGAGGACCUACCACCUGCACAGCAGCCGCCCGGACCUGCUCCAGUUCAAGGAGGACUCCUUCCAGGUGGGAGGAGGAGAGACCUACACCAUUGGCCUGCGGUUUGCGCCGAGUGAAAACCUGGGGCAGGAGGAGAUUCUAAUUUACAUCAACGACCAGGAGGACAAAAAUGAAGAGACCUUUUGUGUCAAGGUCAUCUACCAGUGAGGGCGUGGCCAGAGGCAGCUGGUGCCGGUUGCUAGUGUUCUCCCGUACACCCUCCUGGCCAUUGCAGCCUCGGCCCCAGGAUCCAGUGGAGGGGUUUGGUUGAGGUCAUUUUGUAACUCAGCAUCUAGGUAAGCUGCUGCCGCUGCCAACCCGGCUUGACCAAGUUCCCAGGUGUGACGUGAGCACCAGGGCCCUGGCUCUGCCGCCAUGCAUCCUGGCCACGUGGGCGCCUCGCUCUGCAGCUGCGCACUCCCGCCAUGCGGGUGCCUCACUCUGCAGCCGUGCAGCCCCGCCAUGUGUGCACCAUGCACACGGACACACCUCGCUCUGCAGCCGCGCAUCACAGCCACGCGGGCACCACAGAUGCGGUGCCUUGUUCUGCAGCCACACGUUCUGGCCAGGCGGGCGCCACACUCUGCAGCCGCACAUCCUGGCCAUGUGGGCGCCUCACUCUGCGGCCGUGCAUCCCGGCCAUGUGGGCACCACACACGUGAUGCCUUGUUCUGCACCCACACAUCUGACCAGGCGGGCACCACGCUCUGAAGCUGGACACCCCAGCCCCGCAGAUGCCUCGCUCUGCAGCCAUGCAUCCCGGCCACGUGGGCGCCUCGCUCUGCAGCUGUGCAUCCCGG